AUGGGCUCCAUGGAGCUGUCCACCGCGCCGGAGAACGGCACCGCCGCGGCCGCCGCGGCGUGCAACGGCGGGGCCGCCCCGGCGAACGGAGGGGUCGAGAGGAGGCUGAGAUCCUCGGCCGCGUCCGCGUCCUGGGCGGCGCAUCUGCCGCUGGAAGUGGGGACGCGCGUGAUGUGCCGGUGGCGCGACCAGAAGCCCCACCCCGUCAAGGUCAUCGAGCGCCGGAAGUCCGCCGCCUCCUCUUCCCCCGCCGACUACGAGUACUACGUCCAUUACACCGAGUUCAACAGGAGGUUGGAUGAGUGGGUUAAACUUGAGCAACUUGAUCUUGAUACUGUCGAGGCUGAUGUUGACGAGAAGGUAGACGACAAGGCAACAAGUUUGAAGAUGACACGACACCAGAAACGUAAAAUCGACGAAACACACGUGGAGCAAGGUCACGAGGAGCUUGAUGCUGCUAGUUUGCGGGAGCAUGAGGAGUUCACAAAGGUGAAAAAUAUAGCGAAGAUAGAACUUGGGAAAUAUGAGAUAGAUACCUGGUAUUUCUCUCCUUUCCCACCAGAGUACAAUGACUCUGCGAAGCUGUUCUUCUGUGAGUUUUGCCUGAACUUCAUGAAGCGCAAAGAACAGCUUCAGAGGCACAUGAAGAAGUGUGAUCUUAAGCAUCCCCCGGGUGAUGAAAUCUACAGAUGUGGAACUCUAUCGAUGUUCGAGGUUGAUGGCAAGAAGAAUAAGGUUUAUGGACAGAACCUUUGCUACCUGGCCAAGCUAUUCCUUGAUCACAAAACACUCUACUAUGAUGUGGAUUUGUUCUUGUUCUAUAUCCUGUGUGAAUGUGAUGAUCGGGGAUGCCAUAUGGUGGGAUAUUUCUCCAAGGAAGCACUCUGA